AAAUAUUUUUUAUCUGUGGAGUAGUACUUGACGCAUCGUGGGACGCUUUUAUUCGCGCUGUAUAAUUUAUUUUUCAUAUUUGUUUCCUAGAAUUUAUAAUGUCGGGCAUAGCCAGCGCACGUUUAGCCGAAGAGAGAAAAGCUUGGCGCAAGGACCAUCCCUUUGGCUUCGUUGCGAGACCGAUGAAAAAUCCUGAUGGUUCUUUAAAUCUUAUGACUUGGGAAUGUGCAAUUCCUGGUAAAAAAGGGACACCAUGGGAAGGUGGAUUGUAUAAAUUGCGUAUGAUUUUUAAAGAUGAUUAUCCAUCAAGUCCACCAAAAUGCAAAUUUGAACCACCACUGUUUCAUCCCAAUGUGUACCCUUCAGGCACAGUUUGUUUGUCACUUCUUGAUGAAGAAAAGGAUUGGCGUCCAGCAAUAACAAUAAAACAAAUCCUUCUUGGAAUUCAAGAUCUGCUUAAUGAACCCAAUGUAAAGGACCCCGCUCAGGCAGAAGCUUACACAAUCUAUUGUCAAAAUCGACUAGAGUAUGACAAGAGAGUUAGAGCACAGGCCCGCGCUAUGGCUGCUACGGAGUGAAGAAAACACAUUCCUUACAGCAGUGGUUUGGAGAGACCAUCUAGGUAGCAGGAACCUAGUAACAUUCCUGUAUAUCAUAGAAAUGCAGUCUCAUUGGCAAGUUUAAUUAUAUACAAGAAUAAAAAAUUCAAUUGUCUGCUACAAAGCUGG